AUGACGCUGCCGGCCGCGCUGCUACUCUGGACUUGCGUGUGGGGGGUGGUCGCCCUCAGCGACGAGGACUUGGAGCGACGGUGGGAGACCCUCUUCUCGCGCUCCUACUUGGGCCUCGCCGGCCGGGGGGCGCAGCCCAGCUGGCAGAGCGACUACCUGCGGGGCGUCAAGCGGGUGCGGCGCCUCUACUGCAACGUGGGCAUCGGCUUCCACCUGCAGGUGCUCCCGGACGGCAGCGUCGCCGGCGCGCACCUCGAGGACCCGCACAGUCUGAUCGAGAUCUCCAGCGUGGAACGAGGAGUGGUCAGUUUGUUUGGCGUCAAAAGCGAGAUGUUUGUCGCCAUGAACCGCAAGGGGAGACUCUACGGGACGAAAUUCUUCAGUGACGAGUGCAAGUUCAGGGAGACGCUGCUGGCCAAUAACUACAACGCCUACGAGUCUUUUGUUUACAAGGGCUUCUACGUGGCUCUGGGGCGGCGCGGGCGGGCGCGGCGAGGCGACAGGGCCACGACCGCCGCCCCCGCCACGCACUUCCUCCCACGGCUGUGA